CUGACGACAGUCAUACUAUUGCGCAUGUCCGCGCUGGUUGUUGUCAGCGGUGGUUAUGGAGAUGAGAUGGGACUACGAACUGUCAACAUUACGGUGAUGUUUGUGUGUCCAUUGGAGGGAUGCCCAGAAAGAUUGGAUUCAUUGUGGUCAACUCUUCAAGUCAUGAGGACAACUUCAGUGCCAAGGAGCUCAUGGUCCAUGCACCCACAGUCAAUGGCUGGAGAUCCAGCAGGCUCUGCUCCUACCCUCAGCACAUCACCCUCCAGCUGGUGGAGAGAAGUAGAGUGAGGAAACUGCAGCUGCUGGCCCACCAGUACUUGAUCCCAGCGAAGGUGGAGUUCCACAUUGGAGAUGCUCUCCCUGAAACCAGCACAUCAGGUUUCCCUGGGCAGCUUCGCAGACUCGGGUACGUGUCUUUGUCGGACAAUGAGAAGACAGGCUUCAAAGCUCGGGAGCUGAAAUCAGUCCAUGUAGAUGCCAUCGGAACAUACCUGAGAAUAACCUUCCAUAGGAGCCAUGUCAACCAUUAUAAUCACCACAAUCAGGUUGCUUUGGUUGCCAUUAAUGUUCUGGGAGAUUCUUUGGAUGGCAAUGCGUUUAACACUAUUCCAAGCAGAGAGCAGCUGAUCGAACACUACCUCAACAGUACCCAGCUGGAAGCCGCCUUGGACUCGACCUUCAUGGGGGACGGUUCACCUCAGGGUCUCACUUCUUGGGGUAAAUGUGAGUCUAUCUCUCCUUUGGACGACCUGGCCUUCGACAUGUACCAGGACCCUGAAGUUGCCCACAUCAUCCGACUCCUGGACCAAAAGAAGCAGGACAUGGUCCGGCAGGAGAAAUACGAGCAGGCUAAGAAUCUGAAGCAGGCCAUUGCAGACCUGCAAAAGGUGGGGGAGCGUUUGGCUCGAUAUGAUGUGGAGAAGCGAUGUGCGAUCGAAAAGGAAGACUAUGACCUGGCCAAAAAGAAGAAGGAGCUGAUGGAGGAGUACAGGAGGAGCGUCUACCAGCAGCUGGAAGUCCACAACCUGCUGGACAUGGCAAUGGUAACACAGGCUGCAGAUUCAUCCCCAACCGAGGAUCCUCCCUCCCUUCUACCUUCUCCAGGUCACCGUUCAGUCCCCACCAAGCCCCUUGUGUCAACAGACACAUUCAGGAAGGGGAAAAAAACAAACGCUCCUCAGAACAAACAGUCAGAUGCAGAAAAUGUUCUGCCCAAACUAAGCAGCCAACCUGACACACCGUGCACCCCUGCUGCUCUACCUAAGAUAGACGGUACCAGUGUGCCUUAUGAUGAGAGGCCGCUACCAGCCCUUCAGGGGAAAGAACGGCCUGUGGAGGCCACUCUGAGCCCUGCAGAGCAGCUCUCCCACCAACCUGACGCCAAAAAGACUCCACACAGCCCUGAGAUGAGCGGAGAGCCAGAGCCCCUGACAGAGAAGGCCCAGAGAGAGGCUGGCCUUCCAAUAGAAGUCUUUGGAGAAAGCCUGGUGGCUGGGGCGUAUUCUAAAACCUGGUCCUACAGGGAGGAUGCUCUCCUGGCUGUGUACAAGAAGCUUUCAGAGUUAUCACCCGCCACCCCCAAGGAGGAGCUAAGAAACAUGAUAAGAGCUGCAGUCUUUCUGGUCAAGAAAGCUCUUCUGGAUAAAGUGUCAUCUGUUUUCCACGCCUCCUUGAAGUUGCUGCAGCUACUGCUGAGCCAGCUGAUCCCAGGUCUGGGGCUGGGCCGGGCAGAGCUGACUCACUGCAUAGAUCAGACUUGGCCCAACCUGCUGGCCAGGACUGGAGACUCAGCCAGCCGCCUCCGGGGCACGGCCAUUGCCUGCAUACAGGAAAUUGCUGCUUUGAAAGAUGUACGCGCCCUGCAGGUAAUCCCUAGCGAGUUGGUGAAGCCCUUCAAAUCCAACUUCCCCUCUCGUCUGGCUCAGAGUCGGGCCGAGCUGCUCGAGAAGCUACUCGCUGAACUGGGUACAGAGAACUCUGGCUUCACCCUGGACAAUGUCAUGAUGUUCUGUACAGCAGCUUUGGAGCACAAUACACCAGAGGUGCGAGAGCUGGCAGUGCGCGUCAUAUUGUCCAUGUACCAGCAGCACAGAGCUGCUGUUCUCCGCUACCUUCCACCCAACGACGCUGCUGCGCGGAAGAACUUUCUCUACAAAACCCUCUUUGAUGGCUUUGCCAAGAUUGAUGGAAAGCUGGUGGACACUCAGACUCUAAUGAAGGGAGGUGGUCAGCCGGAUGGGCAAAAAGAGAAGGAGGAGAUCCACUCUCUUCAGGAGCAACUGGCUGCCUUAAAAGAGAUCACAGAGAGAGGAAAUGAAAGCACCAAAGGACACAUUUCCAAGAAAGAAGCACCGAAAGUUGAGUCCCAAAAAGCUGGCAAAACAACUGUCACAAAAGUGCCGCAGAACAAGAUAACGGACAGUAUUGACGUCCAAAAAUCUAUCAACUAUCUGGACAACUUGUGUAUAUUCUGCGGUAAAAAGGACGAGUCAUUCACAGAGGAUGGAUUGGACCUUCACUACUGGAAACACUGUCCUAUGCUGAAACGCUGCGAUGAAUGUAGACAGGUAGUCGAGAUAGCCAGCCUCACGGAGCACCUACUGGGUGAAUGUGAAAGCAGGUCCAAGUUCAGCCAGUGCCCACGCUGCUCAGAGGCCGUGCCCACUGAAGAUCUGACUCGCCAUCUCCACGGUCCCGCCUGCAACUCCUCUAUCUCGGGUAAAGGCUCCAACCACUGUCCUUUGUGUCACAACAACUUCAUGCCUGGAGAGAAGGCCUGGAAGGCUCACCUCAUGGGCAGGGAGGGCUGUAAACAAAACUCACGCAGGACUGCGGUGUCCCAGAGAACUCAGCCAGCACAAGGCAGGGCUGUUGGUGGAGCCAAGCUGAUGCAGGCCUGGUCGGUUGGGGCCAGAGCCAUGGGCCGAGGCAGCCGGAUCCCAGCCCUAGCACCCCUGGCCAGAGGACAUACACCAGGGAAGCACUGAAAGUGGUUCGAAGAGGAGCCCAAAAGCAACAAACAGCGCUGUAGUAACCCCAACCCACUCUCAUAUUUCCUUAACCCACAUUCCUGCAUAUCAGAACUUUUAGAAAAGACAUCUGAUAGGGUUUAACACAUUUUACCCCUGUCUUAUCAGCCUAUGUACAAACAUUACAGCAUGGUGUUGUAUCCACUUAUUGAGACACUGUGUGCUGUUUGAUGAUAUGUCCUCACAGGAUGGCUCGGUUUUUUAUUUAUCACUGCCAUUGGGAGUCACCGUGUUGGGGAAUUGUACUUCCAUUACGUUUUGGUGACUCACAAAAGACAGAUUAAAGAAAGAAAAA